AUGUUCGGAGCUACUGCACGAGCGACGCAACCCGCGGCUGGCGGCUUUAACUUCAGUGGAGGCGCAACAGCUGCACCCGCAGCCUCGGGAGGAUUCAGCUUUGGUGCGACUCAGACAGCUCCUCCGGCGGCACCAGCGACGGGAGGAUUCAAUUUCGGAGGUGCAGCAGCGUCUGCAGCUCCUUCUGCUGGCUCAUCGGGCUUCAACUUCAGUUCCACUCCAGCGACAAGCACAGCGGCUCCGGUAGCUUCCAGUGGCUUCUCCUUUGGCGCUACACCCGCACCGGCACCUGCUGCCAGUACUGGAUUUAACUUCGGGACCACGAGUGCAGCUCCGGCUGCUAGCGGUGGCUUUAACUUUGGUGCAACUCCUGCUGCUUCUAGCGGAUUCGGCUUUGGUGGCACGAGUGCGGCGGCUCCAGCAGCCAGCACAGGCUUCAGCUUUGGAGGUUCAGCGCCUGCCGCCAACACGACGUCGUCUUUUGGAUUUGGUGGCUCUGCAGCUGCGAAGCCCUCUCUUUUUGGUCAGAUCCCUGCAACUAGCACAACGGCGACAGGAUUCGGCUUUGGAGCCAAGCCAGCGACUUCAGGCACUGGCUUUGGAUUCGGAAGCGGAACUGCCACAGGAACAGGCGCUUUCGGAACAACUGGAGCGACAGGAUCGGUCUUUGGCACUACUCCUGGAGCUCCGUCCACGUUUGGUGCAGCCCCCGCUGCCUCGACUGCUCCAGCCCCAAUCAUCCUUGGCGCUGACGCUUCAGUUGCUCAGCUUAACACCGUCAAAGCAGCGUAUCAGGACCCAGCACAGUCGCGGUUCAAGUUCCUCAUGUACAACACAGUGGACCCGACGCAGCGACACCUGUACACUCGACCAGCACACAUUAGUGAGCGUCUGUGGAACCAGGCCGAGCUGGACAACCCAGACCCGCUGAACUGCGCUCCUGUACCCAUUUUAGGCUUUGACAGCCUGUUGAAACGAAUCAAGGCACAGCAGGAACAUGCUGACAAGUACAACACGUACACGGAGGACCUACGAGAGCAACUUAAGGAGAUGGACAAGCACACACGAGCUACAGAGGAAAAGCUGGAGAAAUGUCGCCACGAACACGUGCAGCUGUUCCACGCACUUGUGCAGGUCAUGAGGGAUAUCGAGUUGCUGCAGAAUUACGGCAAACCGCUGCAGCGUGAAGAGAUGCAGCUAGCGAUGAUGUUGAAGAAGCUGCAGACAUUGCUGGACUCGCCUGGCCAGUACAAGGCACGACUAAACGACGCUGUGUCACUGCAACGCGUCCAGAAGGAGACGCAGCCUCCCCCGUCCAGCCAGCUCAGUCCGCAGGACUUGCAGCGACUUUAUGAGUUCAUGGACAAGCAACGACAGGGGCUGGAACACCUGACGAACAUGAUUAACGACGACCUGGCGGAUAUUCAACUCAUCAAAGAAACGUGGCGACGGUAG